AUGAAUAUCUACUGUGCUGGAAUCUUGUUUAACACGGCCAUACUGCAUCACCAAAAGUCGAUCAAGACUGGAAUAUCGGCAUACAUGCAUCGAGCAGAGCAGCUUUACCAAGCAAGCCUUCAGCUCAUUGUGGGGCUUCCACGGUCCAACGAUACGUUGACCCUUAUUGCAUUUGCAGUCAGUAACAACUUAGCUCAGAUCGAGUUUGAGAAGGGACUGGUGAUGCAAGCGAGUGAAAGACUACGAUUCCUAGUACAUCUAUUCUGUUCAUUGGAAAAUACGGCUGGACGAGUCUUCGCGGUUGACGGGUUUCAUGGAAUGCUAUCUAACACACUGUUGGCAAACGGCAUGUCUUCGUCACCAGCUGCCUAA